AUGAAGAACAAACUCUCCCUCAAAGUGGCCUCCUUGGACGCGCCUGCACCACUUCAUACCCCAAUUGACCAGAUGGUAUCCACGCCGCAGGAGCCGCCGCAUGGCGCGUCUUACUUCCUGCUCUACUCACUCCCCCAGUGCGCUGACAGUGACGACGUGCUAACCGAUGCAGAUGAGCCCCGUGUGCUCCGAAACCACUCGCUAGUGUUCACCCCCUUGUUUGACCUGCUCUUAUGGGGCGUGUAUACGCAGCUCUUGCUGCAGCCCACCACCAAACCAUUUCUGGGCCCUGUGCCACCUUCGGGACUCGCGUCGCGUGCUGCCAAUGAUACCGUUCACGCCCUUAUUCGCCAUCUGGCAGAGACGCCUACUGCAGUUUACGAUGCCCAAGGCUCUUUGACUGUCGACGCCUUGAACUCACGUGCGCACCAGCCUGUGAUUUUGCUGUUGAUUCGUAAACGGUUACUUGACUUAUGCCUGCUGCAGCGCACACAGGCAGCUCCUCCCGCCGUCACAGCGGUGCAGGUGGCCGUGCCGCAGCUGGUGGCGCAGGCGCCGCUGCUGGUAUACAUGAGUUUUGGUGCACGUCAACUGUCCAUCUCCAAUUUGCUGUUGACGGAACAAAAUGUUGCGCAGUAUCAGGGAUCUCGGGGUGGCGCGCCGCCACUUUCUCUGAACCGCCUGCGCCUGUCCUCGUUAAGCUUGCGCAAGCAUUCUCUCACGCGCAAUAACUCGGGCACAAACUGGUUGCAUGUUGGAAAUAUUUCGUCAGGCCGUGGUGGAUUGGGUAACCCAGACUUAGGUGCUUCUACAGACCUGCUUCAGCUGAUGACUGACUUCGUCCCUGCAGCGUUUGUCAGUCGCCCACAACAGCAGCCGCAACAACAACAAGGUCUGCAGGGCCAGAAUCAACAACAGCAAGGAAUGUGGGGCCCACAGCCGGGCUUUAAUAGUAUGAUGCUCGACUACCAAACGCCACCUACUUCCGCAAAAAGCUCCUUUUCGCAGGGUAGUACGCCGCCAUCCACGCAGCGAGAUGCAAUGUACAUGAAUACCCCUGGAUCUGCUGUGUCGGAAUAUGAAGACUUUGCACCAGUAUUGCUGCGCUCACGCUCCUCUUCCCGCGGCCUUGUGGGUUCUUUGCCUAAACCACUCACUAUAAACACAGACUCCGCUAACUUUUUGCUGGGUAUGAGCAGUAGUGCUCAGACGCCGGGCGCACAGGAGGCGCUUAACUCGCCAUUUGUUGGUGUGCUGUCUGAGGACGGUGGAUAUUUCCCGCUCCAUUCUUCAGGCAACUUGCUGCCAGGCUUGCUCAGUUCAGCCGUUAUCCCCGAGAGCCCCAAGGACAUGCCUAUGGCAAGUGGUAACAACAAAAUCAACUUACCUGGACAAUUUAGCCUCAGCGAGAAGAAGCGUGACUCUUUGAAGAUGAAGCGUGGCAUUCACUAG